CUCCACACACAAGAGAGGAUUGGCUGACAUGAGAAAUUGUAUGAUUUACGAGUGAUACCGUACGGAUAAAUUUCUCUAAAAUAGCAGGCUUUUGGGCCAAAUGUUGAGAGGAGUAUAGGUGAAAGAAUAGAAUAAACCGGGAAGAAUUGAAACGGGCCUACGGUAAUCCGAGGAACACGUCUCUCUACCGCUUAUCCUGCAAUCCUUAUCCCUAGUUCUCAAUAUACCUUGUCUUCUUCAGCCGCACCAUAUCUAUUUCUCUCCGUUCCUUCUUCUUCCUAUCUUCCUCUCCUCUCCUUUAAACCAUCCGUUUUUUUUUACUCGAUAAGCCUUUCACUCUUCAUCCCUCUGUCUCUCCCUCCCUCCGAGCCCUGGAAUCGGUGCUAAACGCUCAUAUAUUCGAUUCAAGACGAGGGUUUUUCCUUUUUUGUUAGGAUUUUUUUUCAUCGACUUGAGGGAGUCGAAUUUUUUUUUAUUAUUAUUUUAGCUGGGUUUUGGGUUGUUUUUUUUUUUUUUGGGGUCAAAUGAUGUUGGUUUCGGUGUUGUUGGAGAUCUUACGGAGACCCACAAUUGGGGAUGUCUUGGCGGAGCUGAUGAUGUUCAUGGCCCCGCUGUGGAUUGCGGUUGUUGUUGGAGUUUUGGUGGGAUGGACGUGGAAGCCCAAAUGGGCGAAUUUGGGAAGGGAAAUGUUGGAUUGUUCUUCUGUCCCCAGCAAUUCUUCUCCAGCACCGCCGGCGGCGUCUUCCAGUACGGUUGCCGCGCCUUCAUCUGUGUCUGCGUCCAUUCCCUGCUUGAAUUCGCUAAAGUUGCAAUUGCCCAGUUGCAUUUCUUGGAUUGGCGACGAUGGGAUAGACAAGUCACUAAUGGCGCCAACAGGAGAUUCUGAUUGCAGUCCAUCCCAGCUGAAAGCAGAAAACUCGGUUGUUGUGGCAGAAGAUGAUUUAGAGCAUCUGUGCCAACUUGUAGAGGUGAAAGAUGGAGGUCCCGCAUGGAUUCAGAUGAUGGAUCGCUCUACUCCAACCAUGAGCUAUAAAGCAUGGAGGAGAGAUCCUGAUACUGGCCCUCCACAAUAUCGUAGCAGUACUAUCUUUGAGGAUGCUACUCCUGAGUUGGUGAGGGAUUUCUUUUGGGAUGAUGGCUUUAGAUUGAAGUGGGAUGACAUGCUUAUAUAUGCUGCAACUUUGGAGGAGUGCCCCACCACAGGAACCAUGUUAGUUCACUGGGUUCGCAAGUUUCCCUUCUUCUGCAGUGAUCGAGAAUAUAUGAUAGGUCGCCGAAUUUGGGAAUCAGGGCGAUCAUAUUACUGUGUUACAAAGGGAGUACCUUGCUCCUCUGUCCCACGGCGCAACAAACCACGGCGUGUUGAUUUGUACUAUUCUAGCUGGUGCAUUCGUGCAGUUGAAUCAAAGAGAGGGGAUGGCCAGCUGACUGCAUGUGAGGUGCUGCUCUUCCAUCACGAAGAUAUGGGUAUACCAUGGGAAAUUGCAAAGCUUGGAGUUCGGCAGGGGAUGUGGGGAGCUGUAAAGAAGGUUGACCCUGGUUUACGUGCUUACCAGAAGGAGAGAGGAUCCGGAGCUGCACUUUCACGUUAUGCUUUCAUGGCUCAGAUCAACACCAAGGUCAGUGCAGACUACCUGAGAUCGCUGGAAAGCACCAACAACGAUUCUUCAGAGGUUGAAACAUUUGGUUCAUCUGAGAAGCCAAUGGGUAGAAACAUACCAAAGCUUCUAGUUGUUGGUGGGGCUAUUGCCCUUGCUUGUAGUCUAGACCGGGGGCUCUUGACAAAGGCAGUCAUAUUUGGAGUUGCCAGAAGCUUUGCAAGGAUUGGAAGGAGGUUGUGAUUGAGGAUGCCUUUGGCAUCAAACCGUAGAUGUCACCCAAGUAAUUCACUUUUGUUGAAAGAGAAGUUGCCCAAUGUCGGAAAUCCUCGCUUGCUCCGCCGGAUAAUCAUAGAAGGAUGUAUUAUUUGUCUUGUAUUUGAGCCUUGAGGCAGCUGGGGAUCAGGAAAAGAGAAAGAUCAUAUAGUCUGUAUUCUCCAUAAAAAGGUAAUACUCAUUAAAGUAUCUCAUGCUGCCCAAUAACAAGCAGAUUCAAGUCCUUUUUUUCA